GUACAAAUCAAGGGGGGUAUACUAACAAGGGGGUACUAUUUGCCGAGAAUUACGGUACUUUCUCAGUUGGUCAACUUCAAUUUAUCGACAGUAUAAAAUUUUCGUUACCUGGUUUAGCUAAAAUGGCAGAAAAUUUACGUGAUGAAAAGAAGGGUCAAACUAAAACACCGGAACAACUUGCCAAAUGUUUUCCUAUUAUGUCAAAGUUCAUUCCACCUAAUUUACUAUCAUUACUUACACGAAAAGGAAUAUUCCCAUGA